AUGCAGAAAUCUGUAUUAUUUGUUCUCUGUACUAUCUGUGUGUCGGCAAUCGUGGAAGCAGAUCCAUCACCAUGUGGCUAUGGAGGAUGCGGUGGUGGAAACAAAAAUAUUGGGAAUGGAAUAGGGAACACCAACAUAGUACAUAUGGGCGGUGCCGGCGGUGGAGCUUUCAGACGCGGUUUUGAUGGACGUUUCUGGGGUGGUAAUCAUGGUGGUAGCAGUGGUGGUAAUCUACAUAGUGUGAACGGUGCUAGCGGCGGUGGUAACGGUGGUGAUAAUAGUGGUGGUAGUAGUCGCAAUUAUGGCAGUAGUAAUGGUGGUGGUAAUAGGGGUUAUUUCACUGAUAAUUAUGGUGGUUUCGGCGGUGGUUUUAAUCACGGUUUCGGCCGUGGUUCCGAUGGAGGUUUUUGGGGCGGUAAUGGUGGUGAUCGCAGUGUAGCUAAUAUCAAUGGUAUGAGCGGUGGUAACCGCGCAAGUAACGGUGGUGAUAAUAGUGGUGGUAGUGGCCGCGGUAACGACGGUGGUAGCGGCGGUGGUAACAAUGGUAGUAAUAAUGGUGGUAACGGUGCUGGUAAUAGGGGUGAAUUCGCUGAUAGUGAUGGUGGUUACAGCGGUAGUAUUAAUCGCGGUUCCGGUCGCGGUUUUGGCGGAGGUUUUGAAAGUGGUAAUGGCGGUGGUUUUAGCAGCAAAAUUCAAGCUGGAAAUGGCGGCAGUAAUGGUAACGGUGGUAGUAAUAGCGAUGGAGACAAUAAUAGUAACGGCGGCAGUAAUGGCGGGGAUAACAAUAGUAGUACCGGUGAUAGUAAUGACAGAGGAAAUGGCAGUGGUAAUGAUGGCGGUAACGGCGGCAGUAAUGGCAGCAGUAACGGCGAAGAUGGCAGCCGUAGUAAUAGCGGUGGUUAUGGCAGUGGUAACGUUGGAGGUAACGGUGGGGGUAACGGAAAUGUUCAUGGGGGUGGUAAUGGUGGGGUCAACAGUAAGGGUAAUGGCGGUGGUAACAAAAUAGGUUUGGGCGCUGGAAAUAGUAAAGUUUUUGGUACUGGUAACGGUGGUGUUUACGGCGCUGGAGGCGGCGGUGAUUUUGGCGCUGGUAGGGGCAAUGGUUAUGUCAACAGUAAGGGUAAUGGCGGUGGUAACAAAAUAGGUAGUUUGGGUGCUGGAAAUAGUGGAGUUUUUGGUACUGGUAACGGUGGUGUUUACGGCGCUGUAGGCGGCGGUGAUUUUGGCGCUGGUUAUGACCCUCGUAGGAACGGCGGUUAUGGUUAUGAUUAUGCUGAUUAUACGGUAGGCAGCAGGUGGUUUAAAAACUUUAGAAAUAUAGGAAACGGAAAUGGGAAUUACAAUAAAGUAUUUAUGAAUACCGGAGGGUGUCCCACUGGAAACUGCGAGAACAAAGAGAAUAACAUUGGGAAUGGUCAAAACAAUUACAACGAAGUAUAUUUAAGUAGAUAA